AUGACCACAGACCAUGGACAUAAGCCAACUAACAAAAAUAAAAAAUUCUUUUGUGUAUACUGUGGCUAUAAUACGCCUUAUAAACAAUCACUGCAAAGGCACAUAUAUACCAAACAUAAAAAACAAAAUGACUUGGAAAAUAAAGUAAAAUUAAACGUAAAAACUCACGCUUGUGUGUACUGUGACUUUGUAUCAGAAAAAAGAUAUGUUUUACACCACCACAUUUAUUUAAAACAUAAAGAACAAAAUGAGUUGGAAAAAAAACUAGAGUUAGACAUAAAAGUUUAUCAUUGUGUGUACUGUGACUUUAUAGCAGUUGAAAAUCAUAGACUACAAUACCACAUCUACAGAAAACAUAAAGAACAAAAUGCGUUAGAAAAAAAAGUUGAAUUAAACUGUUGUAUGUACUGUGACUUUACAACAAUAAAUAAAGGUAAUAUACGAAGACAUAUUUACAACAAACAUAAGGAACAAUAUGAGUUGGAAAAUAAAGUGGAAUUAAACGUAAAAACUCACGAUUGUGUGUACUGUGACUAUAGAACAAAUAAAAGAUAUCUUUUACACGACCACAUUUAUAUAAAACACAAAGAACAAAAUGAGUUGGAAAAAAAAGUAGAAUUAGAUAUAAAAGCUUGUAUGUACUGUGACUUCUCAACAGUGGAAAGUCGUAAGCUAGAAGACCACAUCUAUAGCAAACAUAAAGAACAAAACGAGCUAGAAAAAAAAGUAUCAAUAAAAAUAAAAAUGUACUCCUGUGUUUACUGUGACUUCACAACAAAGAGAACAAGUAAUUUACAGAUGCACAUUUAUUCGAAACAUAAAGAACAAAAUGAUUUGGAAAAAAAAGUUAAAUUAAACAUAAAAACGUACUCUUGUGUUAAAUGUGACUACAAAACGGUGAUCAAUCGAGAUCUUCAAGACCACAUCAAUAGAAAACAUUUAAAAGUACCCAUUCAAAGACAAUUUAAAACAGAAUAUUGUAUGUACUGUGACUUUACAACAAAAAGAAAAAAUUAUUUACACAUGCACGUUUAUUUGAAACAUAAAGAACAAAAUGAGGUAGAAAAGAAAGUAAAAAUAAACCUAAAAAUUCACUCCUGUGUGUACUGUGACUUCACAACACUUGAGAAGCGGAUUUUAAAAAGACACGUCUUUAUAAAACAUAAAGAAGAAAAUAAGUUGGAAAAUAAAGUUGCAGUUAAUAUUAAAACGUACUCUUGUGUGUAUUGUGACUACUCCACGACUAUAAACCAAGUUUUACAAAGGCAUAUCUAUAGAAAACAUAAAGAACAAAAUGAGUUGGAAAAAAGUGUGAAAUAA